UUAACCAAUACUGGUUGUCGUCAGCUUCUAACUCUUCCCCGCUGUCUCAUUUGUUUAAAUUUUUGCUUGUUAAUAAUAAUUGCUUUGUUUUAUUUUUUUGUUAUUCGUUUAAAAAAAGGCGCAAAUUUAACUAACAAAGUCAAAGUUGAUUAAGAGGUAAACGAAGAAAAGAACAAUUUAAAAGAGAAAAUUUCAAGUCCCCACACGGAUUCGUGCGGAGAGAGGAAAGAUGCCAAGCGAAAUAAUUACUUUGCAGCUAGGUCAAUGCGGCAAUCAAAUUGGCUUUGAGUUUUGGAAGCGAUUGUGCCUGGAGCAUGGCAUCUCACCCAGUGGAGUGCUAGAAGACUUUGCCACUGAGAGCUUGGACCGCAAGGAUGUGUUUUUCUAUCAGGCCGAUGACGAUCAUUAUAUACCACGAGCUGUCCUGUUGGACUUGGAGCCCAGGGUGAUACAUUCCAUUAUGGGAUCAGCUUAUGCCAAGCUCUACAAUCCAGAAAAUGUUUAUCUGUCUAAGCAUGGUGGAGGUGCCGGCAACAACUGGGCUUCCGGUUACAGCCAGGGUGAGAAGCUGCAAGAGGAAGUGUUCGAUAUUAUAGAUCGUGAAGCUGAUGGCAGCGAUUCAUUAGAGGGAUUUGUCUUGUGCCAUUCCAUAGCUGGUGGCACAGGCUCUGGCAUGGGAUCUUACAUUAUGGAACGUCUUUCGGAUCGUUAUCCCAAGAAGCUAAUUCAGACUUACAGUGUUUUUCCAAAUCAAGAUGAGAUAAGCGAUGUUGUGGUGCAGCCAUACAACUCUAUGUUAACGCUAAGACGUUUGUGCCAGGCGGCCGACAGUGUCGUGGUCUUGGAUAAUACAGCCCUGAAUAGAAUUGCCAGCGAUCGUCUGCAUAUUCAAAAUCCUAGUUUCUCCCAAAUUAACAAUCUCGUUUCGACAAUAAUGAGUGUGAGCACAACUACAUUGCGUUAUCCAUCAUACAUGAACAAUAAUCUCAUUGGAAUAACUGCACCAUUGGUGCCGACACCGCAACUGCAUUUCCUGAUGACCGGCUACACGCCGUUGACCAAUCAGACGAAUGUAAACCAGCCGGCAGUUAAUGUGCGCAAGACAACAGUAUUGGAUGUUAUGCGGCGACUGUUGCAGCCCAAGAAUAUGAUGGUCUCCACUGGACCAGAUAAAACGAAUCAUCAUUGCUAUAUCUCUAUUCUGAACAUCAUCCAAGGCGAAGUGGAUCCGACACAGGUUCACAAAUCUCUUCAACGUAUUCGGGAACGGAAGAUGGCUCAGUUUAUUCCUUGGGGACCUACCUCUAUUCAAGUGGCACUGUCCCGCACCUCACCCUAUGUCCAAAAUAAUCAUCGUGUCUCGGGCCUUAUGCUGGCCAAUCACACUAGCAUCUGUUCCUUGUUUGAGCGUGCUUUGGCUCAAUAUGACAAGCUGCGCAAACGUGGCGCAUUUCUCGAUCAGUUUCGGCGUGAGGAUAUUUUUAAGGAUGAUCUUUCAGAGCUAGAUGAGUCGCGCGAAGUUGUUGAUUGCCUGGUUCAGGAAUACGAAGCUGCCACAGGCAUGGGUUAUCUACAAUUUUCGGCUAAAAAGCGCGCAGCAGAUACAAAAUCCGAGGACUCCAAAUCUAUUGGCCCAAGUUCGGGUUAAGAAUUUAAAAAGAUAUUAUGAAGUGCCAUUGCUCGAAUAUGUACAUAUAUAUACAUAUAUGUAUAUAUGUGUUUAUGUAUAUGUUUAUACAUGUAAUAUGUAAUUUAACUCAAUUUUCAAAACUUGGACGCACAGGGAUUGCAAAUCCUUUAAGUAUUCAAACAAAAAAAACAAAGCACAAAGAUUGUAUCCUACAGUAUUUUCUGUUGAUCUGUUUUUAAUAAUCUGUGGCGUUACAAAUAUAUGCAUGUUUAUUAUGCUAAUAAAACAAAAGUGUUUUAACUAUUGUCAUUUAUA